AUGUACCAUUUAGUAAAAUCAAUUUAUCUCUAUGCUACGAGUAAAGAGGAAUACUCUGUCCUACUCCUCGGGCUAGAUAAUGCGGGCAAAACUACGCUAUUAAACCAGAUAAAGGCCCUCUUCCUCCCCACUGCCUCCAAUACAACCAUCCCGCAACCCCUGGGCAAAACUGCCCCGACUGUGGGUCAAAAUGUCGCAACAAUACCACUCCCAGACAUGUACUUGAAAAUAUGGGAUAUAGGUGGGCAGAUAUCCAUGCGUGGCCUCUGGCAAAGUUAUUAUUCAAGUUGUCAUGCCAUUAUUUUCGUGGUUGAUAGUGCAGACGUCGGCGAAGACGCAGAUGUUUCGCGACUAGGUCCGACGGGGGACAAGGGGCCCAACGCGUCUUCCAGCGGUAAAGGGCCUUCCGGUGCAAUUACAGAGCCUAUGAGCGCUAUAGAUCCCCGGAGCGAAUUUGGGAGACUGAAUGAGUGUCGAGAAGUUCUGGAGUCAGUAUUGCAAAAUGCGGAGACAGUAGGGGUGCCAAUCCUUAUACUGGCAAAUAAACAGGACAGAGAAGAUUGCGUCGAGGUGGUGCGCAUUAAGGAGGGGUUUAUAAGGAAAGUGUUUGAAGGCGAGGAGGGUGCUGGCGUGAGAGACAGUCGGGUUCUACCAGUCAGUGCGCUAAUGGGUAGUGGAGUGAGGGAAGCAGUGGAAUGGGUCCGCAGCCGGGUGAAGUGGAAUAAAGAAGGGAGACCCCCUGUUAUGAGGUGA